AUGUUUUUCAUUCGCAAGCGGUACUUUGGCUUUUCCCAUGGCCUGGGCGUGUCGGGCGCCGUCAAGAGGCGGCUGUUCAAGGAGGCGCCCAACUGCGCCUUCCAGAGGAGACCCUUCAGCACGAGGAACUUCUACGAAAUCCUGAACGUCCAGCGAAGCAGCAGCAAAAAUGAAAUAAAGCAGGCGUACCGAAAGCUGGCCCUCAAGUACCACCCAGACAGGAACCCAAGCAAUCGAAAGGAGUCCGAGAGGAUGUUCAGAGAAAUAACGGAAGCGUAUGAGACGCUGAGUGACGAAAGUAAAAAGCGGCUGUAUGAUAGUCAGCUGAGUGGCGGCUUCUGUGCCGGCAGCAGCCACGCAAACCAGGCUAACCACGCCAACUACGCCAACCAUGCCAGCGGGAACGGCGGUGACGAAACGAAUUACGCCUUCCAAACGAGGAGGAUGACCGAUGAGGAAGUUCAGAAGGUCUUCAGGAAGGUCUUCGGCACGAUGAACCUCAAUGAUCUUUUCAAGUCAAACGUGUUUGGCGAGGGCAACUUCCCCCCCAGAGGGAUGGGGGACGACUUCUUCGCCAAUUUCGGAGCAGCGGGAUCCUACCGGAGCAGCAGUGACAACAUAAAACAGACGAACAUCAAAAGGGAGAUCAUCCCGAGGGGAAACAAAAUCAUCGAGAAGACGACGAAGAUAAUUACCUACCGUGACGGCGUCGUCCAGCAGGAGGUCACGGAGCGGGAGAUAAGCGGCAACAGCAAAGGUGCAUGA